AGCGUUGCGCCUCUCCGCAGUCCUUUACGGUAGUGGUACUGAUGCGGGAUGAGUCAGGCUAUAUGAUGCUGCUGCUACUGCUGCCAUUUCAUCAGCAGCGAAACCCUACAAACGCACAGCAGACACAGAAAUGAUCCGGCGGGAUCCCCCCCUGGCAGCGAGCAUCCUGCCUUCAUAAACACGCACGCUUCUCGCUGUCGAAACAGAAAACAGGGACGAGAAGUUUGUUCGUGGCGCCGGCUGAAAGCGUAAGAUCCGUUAAAAAACAAAAACCUGCACCUGCUCUGGAAGCGUUUUCCUCUCAGCUCUCGAUCGGGCCUGGCAUUAGGAAGGAAACCAGAGUCCUGACUCCGGGGCCUGCUGUUCUACAUCGCCCCCUGUUUUGGGCUUUUAAGACGAAGAUUUUCUUGUGAGGGUUUCGCCGCGUCCCGAGGGUCGAUCCUGCCGGGCUCGUCAGUGCCAUGGAGUCCACAUCAGCCCGGUCCUAAACGGGGCGAGGAAACAGCGUAAGAAGAGCAGCCAUUCCGGCCUAAACUCCACUCCUGCUCCAAACCGACAGACAGGCAGGCAGGCAGGAAGACAGACAGACAGUCACACCGGCCGGGAGCGACAGAGAGGAAGAGGCAAGUCAUGGAGGCGAUAUGGCUCUAUCAGUUCCGGCUGAUCGUCAUCGGGGACUCCACGGUGGGAAAGUCCUGUCUGAUCCGGCGGUUCACGGAGGGCCGCUUCGCCCAGGUGUCGGACCCCACCGUCGGCGUGGACUUCUUCUCCCGGCUGGUGGAGAUCGAGCCCGGCAAACGGAUCAAGCUGCAGAUCUGGGACACGGCGGGCCAGGAGCGCUUCAGGUCCAUCACCAGGGCUUACUACCGUAACUCAGUAGGCGGGCUCCUCCUGUUCGACAUCACCAACCGCCGCUCCUUCCAAAACGUCCACGAUUGGCUGGAGGAGGCUCGCAGCCACGUCCAGCCUCACAGCAUCGUCUUUCUAUUGGUGGGCCACAAAUGUGACCUGGAGGCACAGCGCCAGGUGACUCGCCAAGAAGCAGAGAAGCUGGCGGGGGCGUACGGGAUGCGCUACGUGGAGACGUCGGCCCGUGACGCCAUCAAUGUGGAGCAUGCCUUCACCGAGUUGACCAGAGACAUCUUCGCCCUGGUGCGGUCUGGAGAUAUCACAAUCCAGGAGGGCUGGGAGGGUGUGAAGAGCGGGUUUGUCCCCAAUGUGGUUCACUCCUCCGAGGAAGUGACCAAGAGUGACCGCCGCUGUCUAUGUUGAUCCGGGAAGAGAACUGGGACUGAAGGUGAAAAGGGGCGGGGAUCCAGUCAGGAUUUAGAGGGAAGUGGCUGACGGACUGAGACGUCGGCUUGGAAACUGAACUGAAACUGUUGGUAACCCUCUAUAGUUCUCUUUUCAGACUGGAUAUAUAGGCGAUUCAAUGAAAAGGCCGGUAGAAGGUGGAGAAUAACACCUUGAACAUGGGUGGAUUGCUGAAGCAUUGUACCCAUUUCUGUAAUACCUUUUACUUCUCUGAAAAGAAGGAUCACAGAUACUCAUUUACUUGCGAGGGCUCGUUUAGGUUUGUUUUGGACUCCUUGCCUUGAAAUCCCUCACUGAAAGUCUUAGAAAGGCCUUAGAAAGAGGAUUCAUUUUGGUUCUUUGCCAAAAUAUAACAACAUUCUUGACUCUUUUAAUCUUUCUUUCAUCCAUCCCAUCAUCUCUUCCUUCACCCCCCCACACACUACUACUUCUUCUCCUCUCCUUCAAUAUGCAAUUACAUGAUCACGUAGGAAACAAUUUAUGUUGGUGUCCAUCCUCCUGCUUGCGCAUAUCAUUCAAAAGCAGUUGAGUAAGCAGCAUUAGAUUCAAACGCCAUCGAUUAAAAGAGCUGUGUUUC